ACAGACGAAAAAGGCACUUGCACUUGGGAAUUAUAUGCCAAAAGCUUAGUUUUUUAUUUUUGCGAAUAAGAUUCAGUGGGACUAAUGUGAAUUUUCCAUUUCUAAAGCAAUGGCAGUUGCCAAAGGGAAACUGAAGCAGAGUGGUACGGUCUAACAAACCAACACAGCACGCUUCAAAUUCAAACAAACAAAGCGAAACACACAACAAAACGGUUUUCUCAGAUCCAACGCCGAACUUCCAUUGCCGGGAAAAUGAAUCGGUUCGUAGACAACUUGCCGCCAAUGGAUCUGAUGCGUUCGGAGAAGAUGACCUUCGUUCAGCUCAUCAUCCCCGCAGAGUCCUCGCACCGCGCCAUCACCUAUUUAGGCGAACUCGGCCUCGUCCAAUUUCGAGACUUAAAUGCUGAAAAAAGCCCCUUCCAGAGAACAUUUGUUAACCAGGUAAAGCGAUGUGCAGAAAUGUCAAGAAAGCUACGAUUCUUCAAGGAUCAAAUCAAUAAAGCUGGUCUAAUGUCUUCUCCUUCGGUCUUGCAAUCAGAUAUUCAUCUGGAGGAUUUAGAGAUACAACUUGCUGAGCAUGAACAUGAGCUAAUUGAAAUGAACUCUAACAGUGAGAAACUUCGGCAAUCAUAUAAUGAACUGCUGGAGUUCAAGAUUGUAUUAGAAAAGGCAUGUAGUUUUCUUGUUUCAAGCCAUGGUGCUGUCAUUUCAGAAGAGCGAGAAUUGAAGGAGAAUGUUUUCUCAAUUGGAAACUAUGUCGAGACGCCAUUUUUAUAUGAACAGGAAAUGACGCCUGCACCAUCAAAUCAUUCUGGUUUAAGAUUUAUCAGUGGGAUAAUUUGUAAAUCCAAGGUUCUUAGAUUUGAAAGGAUGUUGUUUCGAGCGACAAGAGGGAAUAUGCUUUUCAAUCAAGCACCAGCUGAUGAACAAAUCAUAGAUCCUAUUUCAAAUGAGAUGGUUGAGAAAAUUGUCUUUGUUGUGUUCUUCUCUGGGGAGCAAGCAAGAACAAAGAUCCUGAAAAUUUGUGAAGCAUUUGGUGCAAAUUGUUACCCUGUCCCUGAAGAUAUAAGUAAGCAGAGGCAAAUAACAUCAGAGGUUUCGGCUCGCCUUGCAGACUUAGAGACAACUCUAGAAGCUGGAAUUAGGCAUCGGAACAAGGCUCUAGCUUCUGUUGGAGGCCCUUUAACAAUAUGGAUGGAGAUGGUAAGAAGAGAGAAGUCUGUGUAUGAUACACUGAACAUGUUAAACUUUGAUGUCACAAAAAAAUGUCUUGUUGGAGAGGGCUGGUGCCCUGUAUUUGCAAAAACGCAGAUUCAGGAGGCACUGCAACGUGCAACUUUUGACAGCAAUUCUGAGGUUGACAUAAUCUUUCAUUCAAUGGAUGCACUGGAAUCACCACCUACAUAUUUUAGGACCAACAAUUUCACAGGUCCAUAUCAGGAAAUUGUUGAUGCAUAUGGUGUUGCAAGAUAUCAAGAAGCAAAUCCUGCAGUUUAUACAGUUAUUACAUUCCCUUUUCUUUUUGCGGUGAUGUUUGGCGACUGGGGUCAUGGAAUUUGCCUGUUGCUGGGAGCAUUGGUUCUUAUAGCACGUGAGAGCAAGCUCAGCACCCAGCGACUUGGAAGCUUUAUGGAGAUGCUAUUUGGUGGGCGCUAUGUGCUACUUUUGAUGUCACUAUUUUCUAUUUAUUGUGGGUUAAUAUACAAUGAAUUCUUCUCUGUUCCUUAUCACAUAUUUGGUGCCUCUGCUUACAAAUGCCGAGAUAAUACAUGCAGGGAUGCACGUACUACUGGCUUAGUAAAAUAUCGAGAACCAUAUCCAUUUGGUGUGGAUCCCAGCUGGCGAGGAAGUCGAUCAGAAUUGCCUUUUCUAAACUCUCUCAAGAUGAAGAUGUCCAUUCUGUUUGGUGUGGUGCACAUGAACUUGGGAAUUAUAUUAAGUUAUUUCAAUGCUCAUUUCUUUGGCAGCUCACUGGAUAUAAGGUACCAGUUUGUGCCACAGAUGAUUUUCCUUAAUUGUUUAUUUGGGUAUCUUUCCCUUCUCAUCAUUGUGAAGUGGUGCACUGGCUCUCAGGCAGAUCUUUAUCAUGUAAUGAUUUACAUGUUUUUAAGCCCUUUCGACAAUCUUGGUGAGAAUCAAUUGUUCUGGGGCCAAAGACCACUUCAAGUUGUGUUGUUGCUUUUGUCUGUAAUUGCAGUUCCGUGGAUGCUCUUUCCAAAACCUUUUAUGCUAAAGAAGCUUCAUAAUGAGAGAUUUCAAGGACGCACUUACGGUGUGCUUAAUUCCUUUGAGGUUGAUCUUGAGAUGGAACCAGGUUCUACCAGACAACAUGACGAUGAGUUCAAUUUCACAGAAGUCUUCGUUCACCAAAUGAUUCACUCCAUUGAGUUUGUUCUAGGUUCAGUUUCAAAUACGGCCUCAUAUCUACGACUUUGGGCAUUAAGCUUGGCUCACUCAGAACUUUCUACUGUUUUUUAUGAGAAAGUCCUGCUACUUGCUUGGGGGUAUGACAAUCUUAUCAUUCGGUUACUGGGACUAGCUGUCUUUUCCUUUGCAACUGCUUUUAUACUAUUAAUGAUGGAGAGUCUCAGUGCUUUUCUUCACGCCUUGCGUCUUCACUGGGUGGAAUUUCAGAACAAAUUUUACCAUGGUGAUGGAUAUAAGUUCAGGCCUUUUUCCUUUGCUUCCUUAACAGAGGAUGAAAAUUGAUCCAUUCUUGUCUGUCUUGGAUCACUGUUGGCAAAAUAUGUGCAAAGUAUAUAUACAAAAGUAGAAGAAGGAACACAAUGAGAAAUUGUGGGAUCCAAUUCUACAAGUUCCGGAUUUGCUUGAUAAUUUGUCUUCAGCAACAAUAUCCUGCUCAUUUUCCCAUGGCUAUGCUGGUGUGACAGAUUUAUAGCAACAGUAAUGAACGGCAUCUGUAACAGAAUAUUUACUUUCUAAUUUUUCUUUUUCUUUCUUAGAGUAGAAAAAUGGGAAGAGAUUAGGGAAAGGAAUGGUUAGACUAAUUUUGUAAAAAGAAAUCCAUCAUAGUUUUAUCUAUUGGUUAUUUGGGGUUACACAUACACACAUAAUGUAGCGCGGGCCUUCCUAGGAUGCAGUCAUGUAGGCAUUUACUCUGAUUUUUUUCUUGUAAUGAUUAAUGAUUAAUCACGUUAUAGAACCAUCUCUGUGAUCUGGUUUGGUAUCUGUGGCAAUAAAAUAAAGUGAUGUUCCAAAUA